AUGAGUGGUUCGGAAGUGAAAGACAAGAAACCGCUUAUAGAGCACCGGAAAUUGAUUGAAAGAGAAAUGGAAAGAUUCAAGGAGGUGGAAAAAAUGAUGAAAACAAAGGCUUUUUCUAACGAAGCUUUGGCGUCGAAUGUAGAAGUUGUCGAUCCAAGGAAGAAAGAGAAGAUGGCAACUGCUGAAUAUAUUGAGGGAAGGAUCGAGGAGUUGCAACUGCAAAUGGAAGCAAUUGAAGCUAGUAUAGAUCAGAUAUCGUCAACGUUGAAGAAGAAGAAGUCGGACGCUUCAAAGCAAGCACAAAUUGCAACGCUUCAAGAGAAAUUGGGAAGACAUAAGUGGCACAUUGGCAUGUUAGAAUCCAUCUUAAGGCAUCUAGAAAAUGACAAUAUUGAAGUUGAGCAGAUCAAUGAAAUUAAAGAAGAUAUCGACUAUUAUGUGGAUUCCAAUCAGGAUCCAAACUUUAUUGAAGACGAUACAUUCUACGAUAUGUUGGGACUGGAUGACAUGGAGGAUAGUUUUGCAGUGAUACCCGGAGAUGACUCUGAGUUUCCCGUAAGCUCAAGCAGAUCGCAGUCUGUAUCUGAGGAUCUUGAUAAAGAGAAGUCGACAUCGCGUGAGAAAGAACGGGAUAGGAAACGUGAUAAGGAAAGGAAAACCGAAAGAGAACAAGAAAAGACAAGUGAAGAACCAAAGGAUAAACCCAAAGAUAAAGGCGAUGAUAAGCGGGAACAAGCUCAAGAACCUCAACCGAAGGAAAAAACCGUUAACUUGGUUACCCAGUUGUCCCAAUCCCAAGUAAGCUCACCGAUUUCCAAGACGGGUCUGCUUGCAUCCACCUUGGCUGCAGCGAUCCCAAAAUCAUCACCUUCAGCAACACCACUGCUAAAAUAUGCCGCUGUUGCAUCGUCAGCUGCCAAGAAAACCUCAACUGUUUCCACACCGACUCCGAUCUCAUAUGCUACAUUAGCAUCCUCAAUAAAUGGUACCAUCUCAAAUACUAAUAGCCCAUCUACUCCAACACAGAAAACUUCCAGUAUAUCAGGAUCAAUAUCUUCUUUAAAUGCGCAGACUUCAACGCCGUCGAAGUCAGUCUCUAACAUAUCGCAGUCACAGUCUGGAGGGGCCGAACAUAUAAGCUGUGAUACAUUCACUAUCCCAGAACCUUCUGUAUCUCUUGAGACCAUUAAUGCGUUAGCUUCUGCCAAUGCAUCGAGAAUUCUAAAUAAUAACAAUGCAAAUCAUCCACAUGUAAACAACAUUGAUGAAGAGCUGUCAUUCUUAAACCAGCAGACUUUUCCUGCUACUAUGACAAAUUACUUGGAAUCCCUCGAGAUUGCUAAAAACAGGAUGUUUGAGUUUAGGAAACAAGAACAGUUACAUGUCCCUAGUAAAAAGUCUCAACCACCUGCUACGGUAUGUGAAUUGAAACAACCCGUGUACUCCGAAAUAUCCUCAUUUUUGGAGACCUCAUUGUUAAAUUGUCCCGAUUCAUAUGAUGCUGAUAAGCCUCAUAGAUACAGUCCUAGCAACCCUUAUGUUUCUCAGCCAAAUUUCCCAUCGGAACCACUACUGGAAAUAAUCAAUUCUAAAAAAAUUGUUGAAAAGUUCAGUCUUGAUACGCUCUUUUACACAUUCUACUACUACAAUUUGAGGACGCCGUCAAGAUUUACAAACUUUUUUGAUUCCACACCAAAUCCCGACGAUGACUACUUCCAGUUUUUAGCUGCACAGGAACUCCAUCGCCGUGGGUGGAACUAUCAAGCCCACACCCAUACUUGGUUCAGUAAAGAUGAUAUUGUAGAUGCCGCUACCGCCGUAGGCGGAGUUAGUGGGAAUCAAUGGAAAAGCUUCGACUUUGUUGACACGUGGAUGGUGAGACGAAAUGCUGGGUUUGUCUACGAUGCUAAUGAUGUAGAGAAGUCUUACUUUACUGUAUAG